UCCGUCUUUUUCAUUCCUGAGAUCAGACCAAGAAAGGAACUGACUUUGCAGCAGCAGAGCACAACUGAAGAAUCUCCACAGAAUGCAACACAGAAUAAUUUCUUUUUAACUAGUGGUUUUCCUUUUAUAUAUAUAUAUGUUUAGUGGAGGGAAAAAAAGAAGACUUUGCAUAUAUUUUAUUUCUUGGCUGAAGUAACUUUCCUUAAAACUUUCUUUGCAAAGUUUGGCUCACUGGCCGGAAAUUCCGAAAGUUGCAUAGAGUGUAGGAGGCUGAUACACGGUGCAAUGGAUCUUGUGGUGUUGAUGGCAUUCAGCUCUUGUCUGGCCCCUGCACUCGGAUCGGCGUUUGGCAGGGAGGUGUUUGCUUCAGCAGCAGAUGAAGCAGACUACGACAAAGCUUUUCAGUACGAUUAUGAAUCCCUGAGAAUCGGUGGGCUGGUUUUUGCUGUGGUACUGUUCCUGCUGGGCAUUGCCCUCAUUGUCAGCCGGAAGAAAUGUACCUGUUCAAAGAGCGACAGGUCAAGAUCCAGGGGUCCUGGUGUGGACUCAGUGUAAAAGAAACAGAAGAAAAACUGUUUCACCGGCUGCCGCCACUAGAUGGCAGCAAAUACCCUGACUACAGCGGAGGACAAUCUUUCCAUGACCACACUUCAUGGAGCCUUGUUCAAUUUCAUAAUGUUACUGUUCUCCCUUUUCUUCUUUUUUAUGUUUUUAUCACCAGUACCUUUUACUAGAUAAUAUCCCGGCUUUAUACAGUAGAGUAAAUGUGACUGUCAUUUGUAUUUUUUCGUGACUUUCAAAUUGAUGCAAAAUAAUAAAACAGACGUUUGAAAGUG